UUUCGUCUUCCGUUUUCCGCCAUGUUUGUUUGGUGAAUUCGUGAGUUGUGAAUCAAAUUCAGGACACGUUUCAAAGUUUUCAGGUUCUAGUGAUUAAUUUUAGUGCUGAAAAGAGUCUCUCAAUUAAAAUGACAGCCCAUGACCAAAUGCGAGCUAUGCUCGAUCAGCUCAUGGGCACUGGACGCGAUGGUGAAAAUAACAAGUAUCGUGUCAACUUUACCGACCCGAAAGUUUGCAAAAGUUUCCUCUUGGCAUGCUGCCCUCACGAGAUUUUACAAUCCACAAGAAUGGAUUUAGGGGAGUGCCCGAAAAUCCACGACUUGGCGCUGAGGGCAGAUUUCGAGAAAGCAAGUCUGACAAAAGACUAUUUUUAUGAUAUUGAUGCAACUGAACAUCUUCAAGCCUUCAUUGCGGAUUGUGAUCAGCGAACAGAAACAGCAAAGCAAAGGUUAGCAGAAACUCAAGACGAACUUUCUGCUGAAGUUGCGGAAAAAGCGAAUAUUGUUCAUGACCUUGCGGAGCAAAUUGGAAAGAAACUGGCACAGGCAGAGCAGCUGGGACAAGAAGGGCAUGUAGAAGAAAGUCUAAAAAUAUUGGGAGAGAUCGAGGAUCUUAGGAAGAAGAAAGCAGAGGCUGAAGAAGUUUACAGGACCUCAAUGCCAGCUAGUAGUUAUCAACAGCAAAAGCUACGAGUUUGCGAAGUCUGCUCUGCGUAUUUAGGUAUUCAUGAUAACGAUAGGCGGUUAGCGGAUCAUUUUGGAGGAAAAUUACAUCUUGGCUUCAUCACCAUCCGUGAUAAAUUGGCUGAGUUGCAGAAAAAUAUUGAAGAAAGAAGGAAAGCCCGAAGAGAGAGCUAUCGCGGGGACCGUGGUGAUCGUGAUCAUGACCGCCGAGACGACAAAAUAAGGAGGGAUCGAAUUGAAAGAGACAAUGACAGGAAACGAAAUCGAAGCCGAGACCGCAGUAGAGAUCGGCGAAGGGAUAGAUCCAGGUCUAGGCACGACAGGGAUCGGAGAUCAAGAGAUCGCAAAUCACGCGAUCGAACAUCUCGGGAUCGCUCUUCGCGGGAUCGCAGUUCUAAGGACCGGAGCUCUCGUGACAAAAAAUCACGCUCCAGGAGUAAAUCAAGGAGCAAAUCUAGGUCUCAAAGAUCACGCUCUCGCAGUCGUAGCAGAUCUGACCGCCACUCUCGAUCGCGCUCAUCUAGGCGAUCAAGCAGCCGAGAUCGUAGCCGCCGCGAUAAAGAUCGUCGUUACCGCUAAUAUUAAAUGAAUCCAUUCAAAUCUUUUAAAGUAUCUAAUCCUCAUGUAUACCUGUUGUUUGAGUAUUUACUGAAUGUAAAAUCACAUAAAUUUUUCAGUUUUUUGAUGUUUUGAUAAAGAAAAAUAGUCCAAUUUUUUUUUUUUUUUUUUUAAAUCUAGUUCAAUUCUAGUGAAGAAAAAUCAAAGAUUUCAUCUCAAAACUACUAGUGAAUCAUGGGAAAGCUACUUUUUACGCUACAGUUAGAAGCGUAGUGUCAAACAAUAGGUAACUUUAGUAGAGGAGGAUUUCCUGUAAAGAUCACUCAAUAAGUUCAAUUUUAAUCUUCUGUAACACAGUCAGAUUGCUUGACUUAUCAUGCCAAAAAACUUAUUGGCAUGAAUUAUCUCUAUUUUACAAUCAUAAUUUAUUUUACAUUAAUGUAUCCUUCAACACCAAAAAAUCAAUUUUCCCUUUAAAAUUAAAUUACUCUUAUUAUUUAGCCAUGUGCUUUGUGGCACCGUUAAUUUCAUCAGGACACACUAUUGAAUAAUUAUCUGAAAUGUUCGAUAAAAUUUAUUUUACUCACAUUACGGUCACUUCAGUUGGACACCAGCUGUCUUUCUAUUUCAGUCCACAUUCUCAUUUUAUUAGAAAAAAAUUUCAAACUUACAUUGCCUAUAGCUAGGUACCAAAUUACCUGUGACUAAGCCCGUUUUUUUUCCUCUCACAUUCCUCUCAUUGAUAAUAUCUUUCUCAAAGACCAGGUUGCCGUGUGUUUUGAUUUGGAAUUGAGAAAGUAUGAAUCCCACAAAUGUAAUCAGAUUUCAAGGAACUUUCAAAAUAUGUAUUUGGAAAGCAAAAAAAGAAGGAAAAAAAAAGAUACCAAAUUAAAACCAACUAAACAAGUAAUCUGAUUUUGAUGUCGUGAGUUUUCUCUGAAACAUUAUCAUUAUGACGGAGUUGUUGUUUUUUAUAUUAGCAGCUGUAAAAAUGCAGGAUGAUUUGAGACCAUGAUGAUAAAGAAGUUGAUUUUAGGUUUGGGUGGAGGAUGGCAUUUUCCAGUAUUCAGUGAGAAGAAGUUGUGAACAGUUUACAGCUCUUAUUAUUUGAUGCCAUGUAACAUGUCUGUGACCCAACUUUUUUUAUAUUCUAGAGGAGCUCUACUUUCAUUAUAUAGAUAGGAUUUUAUAUUUUAUCGUUCUUUUCCUUGCUUUAUGAAGUUUUGUGAAUAAAUUGUUCUAAACAAAGUA